AUGUCCAGAGAAUCAGUCUUACUCUUCGGUCUAGGUGGUAUUGGUGGGAUCUACGCCUGUAUCCUCCAAUUAUCUGGGAAAUGUGACGUUCACGUAGUUGCCCGAUCCAAUUACGCUGCAGUGAAAGAAAAGGGAUUCAAGUUGAUCAGUCCCAAGUUUGGUAAUCAUGAUGGUUUGAAAUUUGCUGGUGUUUGGAAAUCGACUGAAGAAGCUGCUGCGUCUGGAACGAAAUUCUCUUAUGUCCUCUGCGCCAACAAAGCACUGCUCGAUGCCAAACCUUCUCUGUCCGACCACUUACGACCCAUCAUCACCCCUUCGCUCACUUCUAUCGUCCUCUUGCAAAACGGUGUAGGUGCCGAAGAACCUUUACACCAGUCUUUUCCCGAUAGCACCAUCAUCUCAGCGGUCGUUUGGACCGGAGGCAAAGCCCUUCCUACCUCGGACGGUGUAGAACAAUUCAAUAGGGAAGGUCUAACCAUUGGUGUCGACUAUAGAGAGAAUGGAGCCAAGAAAGAAGAGGAAGAUGCCAAGUUGGAGAAACUUGUGGGAUGGUUGAAAGCUGGUAAGGGUGACUGUACCGUUACGGAGGAUAUUCAGAGUGAACGAUGGGUCAAAGUCAUUUGGAAUUGUUGUUGGAACUCGUUAACAACGGCCACAAGACUUAAGACCGGACCAUUCUUCGACUCCUCCUCCCAGGCCUUACCCCUCUGUUAUACUGUUAUGAGAGAGGUUGAAGCUGUCGCCAAAGCCAAGGGUCUCAAGAUCGAAGAUGGAACAGUAGACAAAUUGAUCAAACAAUGUACAGACGUUGCUUAUCCCGGUUUACCAAGUUCUAUGAUGGCUGAUAAUUUCGCUGGGAGACCUAUGGAAGUUGAGGUCAUUCUUGGAACACCUGUGCGAGAAGGACAAAGAUUAGGUGUACCUGUACCAACAUUGACAGCCAUUUACACAAUUGUGAAGGCUCUGGAUUACGGGAACCAAAACCCCGAAGCUGCCAAGGCGUAA